CUACUGGGAAAAAUAGUUAGCUAGGCUUGUCUCCAAAGAUGGCAGUAGUUGGUAGAAGAGCCAAAUUGUAGUGCGAAAUAGGAAUAAAACCGAUCAGUAUUCAUGACAUUUCUCACAUAACUCUUGGUAUAGUGCCCAUAUAGCCAUCGGUUAAACAUUACCAUCGAAUUUCCCUCGUGUUUUCGGUACAUUAAAUGGAGGAGAAGAAGGAAGACGGAGACCCGGAGAUACAGGAACACGGACCCGAGCACUGGUUCUCAAAAUGGGAGCGGCAGUGUUUGGCCGAAGCGGAGCAGAGGGAGCCGAGCGAGGAGGAGGCGGACAACGACCAGGAUAAACUGUGGCAUCUUUUCCAGAACUCCGCCACUGCCGUAGCACAGUUAUACAAAGACAGAGUAUGCCACCAGCAGGGCCUGUCGCUGUGGGUGCCAUUUCAGAACGCUGCCACCGCCGUCACCAACCUUUACAAAGGACAUGAUGAUGGGCGUUCUUUAACACUUCCUCCCACUGUCACAGAGAGUGUGGAGGCUCAUCAGAGGAGCUUCGAUCGGGGCAUCCAGAUGGGCCACCAGCGCCGUAAUAAGGACAUGUUGGCCUGGGUGAAGAAGCGCCGGAGAACCAUCCGCAGGGAGGAUCUCAUCAGUUUUCUGUGCGGAAAAGCGCCGCCACACAGGAGCAGCAGGGCCAGCACUCGACUGGCCAUGGUGGCCCCCAGCCGGGCUAACUCACCGGCUGAGACCGGCUCCUCGGUGGAGGCAGACCUGCAGCCCUUCAGGGAGGCCAUAGCACUGCAUGGUCUGAGCGGUGCCAUGGCGAGCAUCAGCGUGCGCUCCGGGCCGCCGGGUUCUCCCACGCACGUGAGCGGCAGCAGCAGCGGCGGCGGCGGCGGCUCCUCGGCCCCGGGGCCCGUGUGUCGCAGCCGGCGCAAUGGCCUCCAGGACGUAGACCUGAACACUUUCAUUACAGAGGAGAUGGCACUGCACCUGGACUCGACUGGCUCCGCCUCCACUGGAGGGGGAGGAGCCAGGAAACGAAACUCCGCCCAGUGCACUGAUGUCAUUACGGACUCCCCCACGCACAAACGCAACAGGAUGAUCUGACGCUGCCUCCCUGGGAGGACGGCUGUGGGGGGGCUGGUGUAGGACAGAUGUUGACAUCUGCCUGGGCUGAAAUAAAAUGGCGGCUCUCAGCAGAAAGAGUCCUGUUCUUUGUCUCUUUUCCUCUGUUAGAGCGUCUGGACAACGGUGCAGAAGAGACCGUGCACGGUGCUGCUCCAAGAGUAAAAGACACUCCCCUAACCUCACCCAUCCUCACCCAUCCUCACCCACCACCUUAAUCAGGAAGUGAGGGCCAUGAUCAAACCGAUGGAUUCAGCUGGAUCAGAGACUCGGCCUCCGUCGUAACCACCGCUCAUCUCCAUCUUCCUCCACUUUGUGUUCUCGUUCAGGACGUCUGCAGCCUCUCGGAGCCUGAACGCUGGUUAAUGAGCUGCAAUAAGGAUUUUUUUUUUGCACUUAGCUUUUGCCUCGAACUCAUGCAAACAAAUUGGCUCUUCCGUUGUGUUCCAGCUCUUGGCCUGGUCCGGUUCGGUCCGGUCCUGAAUGUGCCCAGCUCUCGGCUCUGCUCAAGUAUUGGAUCAUGUUGUUUGUGCUGCUGGAAGAUAAUCAGUGACUCAGAGUCGAGGUGUUGAGCUGUCUGUUAGUAAGGGCUGUGCAUUAAUAAAGGUGGAGGGAUACGUUCUCAUAAGUAGUUCCUCCUCUUUCAUCCGUUGGUUUGGGGGCAGAGCGGAUGUUUCUUUUAGAGGAUUCAUGUGGAGCUGUUUCAUCCUGGCUCCACUCACGUCUCCUGCUCCGUCUCUGCUUUAACCUCCGUUAAGUUUCGGUCUCAGAUUUCAGUUUUCCUUUUUUUUAUGGCGGCAGGCUGAGGUCAGUUGAAGUUCAUGCAUGUGUUCAGAUUAGUUUCCUCUUCCUGACUCACUGUUCUGUGUCUAACACUCCACAAAGGAACCAGGCCGAGCUCGGUCCUGUCCGUCAGCUGACCUCCAUCUUCAGCUCCUUCUCAGUUUUUGUUCCAAACAGCUGAUUCUGGAGCUGACGCCAUCGUCAGCUGUUUCCUCUUUGUUUAAAAAAAUAAAUAAAUAAAUGGCUAAUCUAUAUACUUAACAUUUAAUUGUUGGUAUGAUAUAUGUGGUUCACAUUGUACAAGAAAUAAAACCAUUGAAUUACA